AUGUCUGACAACGAAUUAGAUGAACUACUUUUACAAUUGAAAGAUGCAUGUAAAAAGUCUCGUCACCAUUCAUCGAAUGAAACUAAUCUCAAUACGACUCUUAAAAAGAUCGAUGUCUUCAUUAAUCGACGUCAGAUGAAGUUACUUAAUCAUCAAAAACGUCUCGAAGAUUUACAACGUGACUUACUAGUAUCCGAAUGUGAAAGUUCUCGCAAUCGUGUUGCACUCGAAAGAAAACAUUUCGAAGUCAAUCAAUUGCAUAUGAUGUUAGACAAAGCAGAACAAACUACUCAAGAUAUUAUCACUAAAUAUGAUAAAGAAAUGCAGAAAUUAACACAUCAGCUUUCAAAUGUUCAGCAAGAAUGUGAUCGAUUUAAGACAAUACAGACGAUUAAUCAAGAUGAUAAAUCAAUCAAAGAUGUCUUAACUGAAAUUCAUCGACUUCGAGAACAUAAUAAGAUGCUCGAAGUUGAUAAUCAACGUCUGUAUAUUGAAAAUGAUCAAUUGAAACAAGCACAAAAUUCGCCAUUGCAAAACUUACUCGAUUCGUUGCAACGCAGUAACUCCGUGAAUCCAACAUUAUUCGAGUCAAAAGUACAAUCUCUUGAGAAAGAUAUUCAAGAUUACAAACAACGUACAAAUCAACAAUCGGACGAAAUCGAAAAACUUCGUUUAGCGUUGCAUAAUAGUGAACAACAAUGUAGUUCACUCCGAUCAGAGCUACAGACUGCUCAAAAAGAAAAAGAAAUUCUCAAGGUUCAUUUACUCGAACAGAAAUUUAUGGAAAGUCCAUCAACUGAUCCUAAAGAGAUUGAUUAUGAAAAGUUCAUUCGUCAAGAACUUGAAACAAAUAUUGGCCAAGCAAAUAAACUGAUCAAUUAUUGGAAUUAUCAUAAAGAAUCCUUAGAAGAGAAAAUUCGACAAUUGACAUCAGAAAUUACUCAACUGAAGAGAAAUAAUGUCAAUGAUUUCUCCUUACAGAUAAGUCAAUGUAAUGAAAAUGUUCUUCAUACCAAACGAGAGAUGAAUGUUUUACACAUGGAAAUAACUGACAAAAAUACGAUUAUCUACAAUUUGUAUCGAAAGAUUGAAUGUCUCGAACAGGCAUUGACAAUAUCAAAACAACGAAUGAAUGCUCAAUUACAUGAAAUUGAAGAACUUCGAUCAAGAAACCCAAUGAGUACAUUAACGAUCAACAGACAAAUAAAACAAACAUCACCGUUCGUCGAUGGAAUACUAACAGAUGAUGAAGUUCAACUGCGACAAUCCAUUGAUCUCGACAAAAACUUGUUCACAAGUUCGCCGAUAAAAUCGACGAAUAUACACAAACACUUUCACCAUAUUGAUAGUGAUUCAUCAUUGAAAUGCUCAAUGAAUUUCAUGGAAUGA